AUGCAGUCGAUAAAGUGCUCGAUUAUUGGCGAUUCAGGAAUUGGUAAAACUUCUCUUCUCAUAGCGUACACGGCAAAAGCCAUUCCUGGAGAGCGUUACACACCAACGAUUUUCGAUCACUACUCUGCAAAUGUAAUGUUCAAUGAACGUUCUGUGAGCCUUGGAAUUUGGGAGACAAUUGGACGAACUAAAACCACCAAUCCGUUCGAGGAGGAGGAGGAAUUCGAGCCAUUUUGUUCCCUAAAUAAUGACGUGGUUCUCAUCUGCUUUUCGGUGGUCGACCCAUCUUCAUUUGAAAAUGUCCGAACCAAAUGGUCGCCAGAAGUCUCUCAACAUUGCCCAGAUGCACCGGUUAUCCUUGUCGGUCUCAAGUCUGAUCUCAGAAACGAUGAUAAAACGCUAAAAGAUUUGAUGGAUCGUCGCUUGUCACCCAUUUCGGAACGACAAGGAGAGUUAAUGGCUAAAGAAAUCAACGCUGUAAAAUAUAUAGAAUGCUCUUCACAGGCUCGAAACGGAAUAAAACAGGUUUUCGAUGAAGUCAUUCGGUCAGCUAAUCGCUCCAAUAGCUUACCAAAGAAACCGGGAAAAGUCUUAACGCAUCAUUGUUGUCCGAUG